CCAACUUUCAAGCCCAGAAGAUAAACAUCAGACUCGUGCCAAUGAGCUAGUCUCAUCCUUAUGUACUAGUCUACAGGUUCCUUCUCUGCUCGAUUUAUCUAAAGCCAAAACUUUAUAAGAUUCCUGCUAUGGUCUUUAGCUUAGCCAUUAAUAAACUGCCAAGAAGAACACCACGGCAUUUUCGUCGCUACGUAGGAGUAGCAGAACUGUUGUGCUAUUUCGACUUUAGGUUCCAGUAUUAAGGAGUAGUAUUUCAGGCGGCAGCCUAUGUUCCUGAUCACUAGUGUUCACUUGAUAGAUUACUCGAAUUUAGUUCAACACCGAGUAUGUCGCCCAACUCAGGGAAUGGAUUUCGUAUAAAUUGCUGACUUGGACCCAAUUGCAGAAUGAAUUCUCCGGCUGCUCUCCGCCGCCCGCUUCCCGUCAGCAGCCCAACCCCGAUUAAGAGCCCUCAAACCCCUAAACCUUCGGAAAGGCAACUGCCAUUAACUAAUUCUAGUGCUUCUAAGCUUCCCUGUAAAUUGAACCAUCGUAAUUGGUGGUGUAAAACCAGCACUGCUUGUGCAACUGAAUUUUCUUCUAGACUUCGAAGUGAACGGAUUCUACCGAUUAGGGCUUCUUCGUCGAAUGGUUCUAGGUCGAUUUCCAGUAGCAGCGGAGGCGAAUUCCGUCAGCCGACUGCGGUGGAGUUUAUUACUUCCGAGAGAGUCAAGGUGGUGGCUAUGCUGGCUUUAGCUUUGGCACUUUGUAAUGCUGACCGAGUCGUCAUGUCGGUCGCUAUCGUUCCCCUCUCGCUUUCUCAUGGCUGGCGUCAAUCUUUCGCCGGGGUUGUCCAGUCAUCUUUUCUCUGGGGAUACCUAAUAUCGCCAAUAGCUGGAGGAACUUUGGUGGACCUUUACGGGGGCAAAGUUGUCAUGGCUUGGGGUGUCACUUUAUGGUCAUUAGCCACCUUUCUCACCCCCUGGGCUGCAGAAAAUUCCUUGUGCGCACUUCUUGCCAUGAGGAUGUUGCUUGGCAUUGCAGAAGGGGUAGCUCUUCCAUGCAUGAACAACAUGAUUGCAAGAUGGUUUCCUCAAACAGAACGAUCAAGAGCUGUUGGACUUGCAAUGGCGGGAUUCCAGCUUGGAAGUGCUAUUGGACUCACACUUUCUCCCAUUCUCAUGUCUCAGGGUGGUUUGUAUGGUCCAUUUGUUAUAUUUGGAUUGUCUGGGUUUCUCUGGGUUUUGGUCUGGAUAUCUGCAACCUCAAGCACCCCGGACAAAUGCCAUCAAAUAUCAGCAUAUGAGUUGCAGUACAUACAGAAUGACGGGAACAUGCAAUCUGUCAUAAAGGAUAAAUCAAAGAAAAGCAAAGUUAUCCCUCCAUUUAAGCGCUUGCUUUCUAAGCUACCAACAUGGACUCUGAUUGUUGCAAAUGCAAUGCACAGCUGGGGAUUUUUCGUUAUACUUUCAUGGAUGCCCAUUUAUUUCAAGACGAUAUAUCAUGUUGAUUUAAGACAAGCAGCAUGGUUUAGUGCUGUUCCUUGGAGCAUGAUGGCCGUGGCAGGUUACUUUGCUGGUGUCUUGUCAGACAUGAUGAUUCAGAGAGGCAUAAGUGUGACAUUAACCCGCAAAAUCAUGCAAUCAAUUGGUUUUAUUGGACCUGGGAUAGCUCUUGUUGGUCUAACAAUGGCAAGAAGUCCAUCCAAUGCAUCUGCUUGGCUUACUUUAGCAGUUGGGCUAAAAGCAUUCAGUCAUUGUGGCUUCCUCGUGAACCUCCAGGAGAUUGCACCACAGUAUUCAGGCGUCCUCCAUGGUAUAUCAAAUACUGCUGGUACAUUUGCUGCUAUAGUUGGAACGGUUGGUGCCGGCUACUUCGUGGAAUUAGUGGGUUCUUUUAAGGGAUUCUUGUUGCUUACAGCUUUUCUCUAUUUCUCGGCUGCUCUCUUUUGGAACUUUUUCGCCACAGGGGGGAGAGUCAAUUUUGAUGAAACUCUUUAGAUGUCUGUAUUUCUGAUAGUUUCCUGUUUGCUCGCAUCAUCUUUGUAAAGUAGUUUAUAGAAACGAGAAAGGGUCAAGGAUAUUAACGAACGUUUUCAAUCUAGCAAGUUCUUUUGGUUUCUUGGAUGCAGUACUGUGGGAACUGGGAAGCCGGGAAGGUACUUUUUGGCCAACGAAAGUCCCAAAUUUGUAAAAUUCUGAUUGCCUUGUAUAAAUAGGAUGCUGAUCCAGCGGUCCCUGCAGUACGGAAAAUCCAAUGUAUUUUUGCAGUGUCCAUCAGCAUGGAGAGUGCCGCUGUUUGCUUAAAACGCUUACCAAUGUUGGCUAACUUGUAACAAUCUCGGAUGGCUCUCUACUAAUGUUUUGGAUUUGCAAUUUCAA